CGGCGCUGCCCGCGCCGGACGGCUCCGCCAUGUCCUACUGCAGGCAAGAAGGAAAAGACAGAAUUAUAUUUGCGACCAAGGAGGACCAUGAGACACCAAGCAGCGCUGAGCUGGUUGCAGAUGACCCAGAUGACCCUUAUGAAGAACAAGGAUUGAUAUUGCCCAAUGGAGAUAUCAAUUGGAAUUGCCCAUGUCUGGGUGGAAUGGCUAGUGGUCCCUGUGGGGAACAGUUCAAGUCAGCCUUUUCUUGUUUCCACUAUAGCACAGAAGAAAUAAAGGGAUCAGACUGUGUGGACCAAUUCCGUGCCAUGCAGGAUUUCAUGCAAAAAUACCCGGAUCUUUACCCUCAAGAGGAUGAAAAUGAAGAAAAAGAGAAGUCAAGCAAAGAUUUGGAAGCUACUCCUAUGGAGGCUGCUGCUGCCAAAGAGGAGAAGGGAUCUAGCUAAUGAAGAUGCAAGGAGGCUGUUGUCUCCGUUUCUCAUUUUCAGAGACAUGGACUUUUGCAGUAUGUCUGUCUUUUGAGUCGCCGAGAAAUGUUUCACCAUUGUUCUAUACACUGUAUCAUAGUAAAUAAUUUAUUGCCGAAGGAGAAAUCUCAGUGCUACAGCCUCGCAAAAAGAACGAGUAUGUGUAUGUAUUGUGCAACCUGCUGUCAGACACAGUUAAUACUUUAAGAGCUGUUUUUUACCUUCAAGUUCUCCUUGAGUUUUGACUUGAAUAAUGUCUUUAUAGCAUUCAACUAAAAUUCCACUAGCACGCUAGGUCUGUCUUCACUUAAGUAUGUUCUGAUCAAUAGCUGCUCUUUCUUAAUGUAUUCUGUUCUAUUAAUAGAAAUUGCAUUAAAUGAUUGUUUUUCCUUAAAGAUUAUUUUUGCCAGAGUGAUACAGGAUCUUUAAAAUGGCCUAAAUCUAGAAUUUGUAAAAUAAUUUCAAAUGGUCUUAUUAGAUUAUGGUUGCAUUUUACUACCAGCAUCAGGUAAGGACUGCCAGAAAAAUGUUCAAAUGUGUAUCUCCUUCGAUUUAAUUUACUUGUUGUGAUGGCUUUUGCAUUUUUAACAAUGGUGUGUUGCACAAACAUUGAUAAAGAUGAAUGGAAAGAAUGUUGGUCACUGGCUUUAUUUUUGCUCUGAAACUACAGUUUUUGGGU